UUCUUUACGUCUUCAAACGGCCGCGCCCACAGCAGGCGUGAAAAUAAGAGGAAAAACUAGUGGAACCCAUUUACGACAUUUCCACCCGGAAUCUUUUCUCAAGCACACACGUUACGAUGGCAACAUGUCCGAAUCUUAAAGGUCCUGACAACGCAGUAAACGACCCCGGUGCUGCUCCGUACGGAAACUUUAUAAACUAUUACAGCUUUAACCCUCCGGAAAACCGCUUGAGUCUGAUCCCAGCAACGCUCCUGCAGGAUUUAGGCUACAGGGACGGAGGGGACGAGCCCACGCUCAUCCUGGACGUGGGGUGCAACUCAGGGGACCUGAGUGUGGCCAUCUACAAGCAUCUUGUCCAGGAACCAGAGGAGAGCACAGUUCAGCUUCUGGGGUUUGACUUGGAUGAAACUCUUGUUGAGCGCGCAGAGCAGACCAACCCUCUCCACAGCAACAUCUCCUUCAUCCAGCUGGACAUCACUGAGGAAACCAACCAGCUGCAAGACUUCCUCAGCCAGCACAGCUGCUCCCACUUCCACCUGUGUCUGUGCCUGGCCGUCACCAUGUGGGUCCACCUGAACCACGGAGACUCGGGCCUGCUGCAGCUGCUGUCGCGCCUCGCCGCCAUCAGCACCCACCUCCUGCUGGAGGCUCAGCCCUGGAAGUGUUACCGCUCUGCAGCCCGCCGCCUCAGGAAGCUGGGCCGCUCGGACUUCGAUCACUUUAAGACCCUGAAGAUCCGCGGCGACGUUGCAGAACACGCCACGGCGCAUUUGGAGAGACACUGCGGCAUGGAGCUCAUGCGGAGCUUCGGCAGCACCGCAUGGGACCGGAAACUGCUGCUUUUUAGACGCAGAUGAGUUUUAAGGAUUUUUUAUGACUUUUAAAACCCCAGUUCUUUGAGAUGCAAACAAAACCAAGGUUAACAGUUUCCACCUUAAACGCAACAAAUUCUAUGUAAUUUAACAGAAAAAAAAAAACAAUCUUAUUGGGGAACAUUGAAAAAAAAGUGGUAUAAGUGUACCAUGUCGUUUUAUGAUGGGAGUAAGCAAUGCAGAAUUACUCGCUACAAUCAAGUGACUGACUGACUCCCAAUAAGUUUUUUGUCACAUCUUCCAAAACCAUAUGCUGAUUUCAUUAUCAAGACAUAUCUGCCAGGGGAUAUGUGUAAAUAAUUUCAACGGUAUUACUUAAAAAUAGAACACAGUGAAGACGGUAAUAAAAAAACAAUUAGAAAAUAUUUAUUUCAAAAAUACUUUGUUCAUCCCAACAGUAAAUUAAAUGUAACUAAUUUCAUUAAGGAGUUGUGGUUGGUGAUGCUGUGGGCAAGAAGGAUCUCCUUUAGCAGUCAGUCUUCUAAUAAAUAUGAAGAAACCUCUGACUGAAGACUAAAUUAAAUUCAUUAAUUUUUUAGAAUGCUAAAUGUUGCAACUCAUGAAAUUUACUUCAGAGUUGCUGCAGAUGCCGACAAAGAAUGUCCUGUAGAAAACAGUCUUACAGCGACUCUGAAGAAUCCUCUGACUAAAGACAAUCGUGUAUAAUUUUCUAAACUUUAUGAAGUCACUAUAUUCCCCAAAACAGAACCAGCCUUCUUAUCCCAUUGUUUAGUCUUAAGAAAAAUAAAACCAAUCUAGAUGCUGUUCUGCAUAAAAGCAUAUCAAAUGAUCUACUUUUAUUAAUGACAAACAGUUAUUUUUCAUCAUUUUAAUUACAGAAUACUAAAAAUAACAUUACAUAAAAUGUCUUUUUAAAAGAAACCAUUGAAUAUUACAAAGGUUGUAAAUCUUGUAAAGUUAGGAUAUAAAAUCUUUGAACUGUGGUGUAUAAUUGAAAAAGAAAAAUAAAUUUCAUAAAAUGUAUAUAUUAACUGUUCUACUACAUUAAAAAAAGAUGAGAUGGGGACACAAAAUGCAGACAGACGAGAUGAGUGGACACCGCCAUUACUGCGGUGAGCUCUCCUUUCAAAGGAAGCAAAGACCAGAGAUGCACAGCACAAACCACAACCGGCUCUAGUUCUCCAAUUAAGCUCAUUCAAGGGAAAAAAGGAAAGAGGAAACAAUUUACAACACAACUGAGCUUGAAAGACGGCAAAAAAAAAAAGUGACUUGGUGACUGCUCCCAUUAUUCACACACAUCUCGACUAAACUGGCCUUGGUUCCAUUAAAAUACUUUUUUUUUUCUGUCCUCGAAAGGUUCACACUGUACAGAAAAGAAAAAAAAAAAAAAA